GAAAAGUUCUCUCUCUCUCUCUCUCUCUCUCUUAAACAUGUAUGUGGAGCCCAGUGUAUGAUCUUUCGAUCUUCAGCUGUAAAAACCAUAAAAUUCAUGGAAACUGAACUCGAUAAUGGUGUUCAACUUGAACAAACUGAUGUUACUCGUGGUGAGGUGUUAGAUGAUUUGACUGAUAAGGAGCAUCAGCUUGGUAAUGAUGUUCAACUCGAACAAACUGAUAAUGAUAUUCGUGGUGAGGUGUUAGAUAAUGCAACUAAUUUUGAGCACCAUCUUGGUAAUGAUGGAACAAAGGCCGGAAGUUCUGUUCCAUAUGGCUCCCAGGUUGAAGAAAAUGAUAAAAUAACUCUAAAUUCUUCUGGAGUUCAGUUAACUGUGGUUGAAGGGGAUGAACCGUAUGUAGGUCAGGAGUUCGAAAAUGAAGCGGCAGCACAUGCAUUUUAUAGUGCAUAUGGCAUGCGGAUGGGUUUCAUAACCCGUAUGAACUAUCAUAAUCGAUCUAAAAUUGAUGGAUCCAUUGUUUCUCGAGCACUUGUAUGUAACAAAGAGGGUUACCGAAAGCCUUAUAGGCGUGAUGUGAAGAAUGUUAGGUCACGGGCACCUACUAGGGUGGGUUGCAAAGCAAUGAUAUCUAUAAGGAAAAUGAGUACUGGAAAAUGGGUCAUUACAAAGUUCGUAAAGGAGCACACUCAUCCAUUGGCUGGCUGCCAGGCUCAAAAGGCAUUGAUCUCUAAUCAAAUCCCAAAUGAAGACAAGAGAGUUCAAGAACUAACUCAACAGCUUCUGAUUGAAAGAAAGCGCUCCGCUUCACUUAGAAGAUUCAUAGACCUUCUAUUCAAUCACAUUGAGGAGCACACACAGGGCCUAUCAAAAAGGAUCCAGUACAUAGUAGAUAGCGUGAAUAAGAUUGAAUCUGAAGGGAAAAAUAGAUAGUGUGAACAAUAUUGAAGCUGGAGGUCUAACCUUCUGAACCUCAGGUACUUUUGCUAUUGCAAUGCAAAAUGUGCAUAUUCCUUUGGGCUUUUGGUCCAUGCUAAAAAGAAUAUUUUAACACGUAAAGCAUGUUCAAUAGAUUAAUUCUACACCCAGUUUCUUGUUUUGCAGUUCCCAAGAGCCCAACCUUGUAUAUUAGUUUUGUAAAUUUUACUCAUUGAGGAAAAUAAUUAGCUUGAUUUAAUUUUCUAUACUCACAAAGUCUACUUCCUUUGGCUAUCAAGUAAAGCUUUUCAGUGCAUUGUGUGCAAAUCUAAAAUAUGAAAGAACAAGCAAAAUAUUGGAGCACAAAACAUCUGAAAAAUAGAUGUAAAUUCUAGUAGUUGAAUUUUCAAAAAGACAUUUUGAUUUCUCUCCUUCAUGGAGCAAAAUGGAGAGCAUUCUUGGUUUUCAUGCUUUUUCCUCUAAAAAAGAUUAAACUUUAUAGUGUCUAUGUGGCCAAAGUACUCAUCAACUAGAUUAGCAACCAUUUCUGGCUGGCUGGUGAAAUGCCAAAUGAAAUGAUUGCAUAAUUCUUAGCUGCAAUGCCAUUGUAGGUGUGUGCUUGUUGGGACAAUGCAUUCUUGUCUGUUGAUGUAGUGUAGACUUGCAAGAUUCUAUUCAGUGUUUGACAGGUUUCUCCCUAGGGCUAACCGUACCUCAAACAGUUUGAUCUCACGUACGGGGAUUGAAGCGCAAUGCACAUCUUUAACCAAAGAUGCAUUGUAGGAAGAAGGUAAGGAAAGACCAAAACACAUUUGUAUCAGAGCAAACAAAAGAUUUCAACAUCCUAGAUCCUCAAUUGUUUAAAGAAUGUUUCUUGAAAGGCACAAAAGAAUAUAGAGAAGUAAAUGUCAGAGAUGUGGGGUGAAUGCAUUUUUGUACUACAUCCUGCACUGUUUUAUCUUAUUAAAUUUGUUCCUGUAAGGCUGUGAUUAUCAGUAGUUGUUUCCACUGCAUAUGUUCACUCCUUUUUUUGACAGCUAAGACAAUUAUGUUAAUUUUCCAUGAGAAUUACAGCAGCACAACUGUUUUCCAAACUUACCAUGCCAUGACAGUUAUACAAACCCCUAUUAAGCACAGCAGUAAAAAGGGCCUGCCCUUGUAUGAAUGUAGCAAACAAUGUGCCUCAAAUAAAACUUAGCGGUCACAAGACGCCGU